AUGGCAAGUGAAGUUACUUUAAAGAAUGUAGAUAAUGCAUGUGAAACGGCGGAAGAAUUCACAAGAGUAUUCUACAAGCAAGUCGAUAAUAGCAGACACUUAACCUCCAAAUUGUACCUGGAUACAGGGCUUCUAGUUUGGAAUGGCAAUGGGAUCAAUGGAAGUGACAAAAUUCAGAAGUUUCUAAUGGAUCUACCCGCGAGCAAUCACGUAUUAAAGACCUUAGAUGCUCAACCCAUUCCUGAAAAUUUAGUGGCUAAUAAGCUGACUUAUAUGAUACAAGCUUGUGGGGAUGUUACAUACCAAAAUGACGACGUUAAAAAACAUUUUCAACAAACUUUCCUAAUCGUAGCUGUUGAGGGAAAAUGGAAAAUUGCAUCAGAUUGUUUUAGAUUGCAAGUACCAUACAAUAAU